AGAGAUGGGGACAAAGAGAGGGAGAGAGUGAUGGCAGAAGAGACCAGCGGAUCCACACCAACAGCAUGAGAUGCCAGGCAUGGAAGAGACAGGCACCAUGUAGCAGAGACUGCAGGGAGACCUGUGACAGUCAGUGACAGCGCAGCCUGCCAGCACUGAGAGACCCCUGAAUUCACAUCAGAGACUGCAUCACAUCCAGUAGGAUGAGAAGAGACUGCCCAGAGACAGCCCAGAUAAAAAAAGAGACAGCAAGUAUCUGCUGCAGGGAUCUAGUGACAGCUCCCCACUAUGGACUGGUGACGAGUCGCGGCGUGGAGACGGAGACCUAAUGCAGAGAAGACGCUGAGGUGGGCCGCAGGACAUCGGGGGUCUCCUACUGAAGAUAUGACCGCCACUAUGCAAGCCUUUCACUUCAAGCAGUUUGCCCCUGAGCCGGGGCAGGACUGGCCUCCCUCCUGUGAGCAGGAGAUAGAGCGGAGGUACCAGGUCGUCCCUUCCGUCGUCUGCGCGAUGUGUUGCCUUUUCGGAAUUAUCUAUUGUUUCUUUGGCUACCGGUGCUUCAAGGCUGUCAUGUUCCUGACGGGUCUCAUGUUUGGCUCUGUGGUCAUCUUCAUGCUAUGCUACAAGGAACGGGUCCUGGACACUCAGCUGAGUGUGGAAGCCAGCGUGGGCAUUGGCCUUGGGAUUGGCAUCUUGUGUGGCCUGGUGACCAUGCUGGUGAGGAGCGUGGGACUGUUCAUGGUGGGCCUACUGCUCGGACUGCUCCUAGCCAUAGCCACGCUGAUAGUCAUGGAGCAGUUCUACCACCCGCGCACUGUCUGGGUCCCGGUGGCCCUGCUUCUGGGGAUCGGGAUGAUGUUUGCAGUGCUAACCCUACAGUGGCAGCGCUUCUUCACCACCCUCUCCACUGCCGUCUUCGGCAGCGCCAUCAUGACAGUGACUGUGGAUUACUUCAUCGAGCUCUUUCUGCUGGUGCAGUACGUGUACCAGCGCAUGAAGGUGGACCCUCCGCAGCCCAUGUGCUGGUACAGCUGGGUUAUUCUCGGCAUCUGGCCCGUACUUAGUUUACUGGGAGUCCUGGUCCAGUGGAAAGUGACGGCCGAGGGAUACUCACACACAGAAGUUAUCAUCAGUCGGCAGCAGCGCCGGGUACAACUUAUGAAAAUAAAGCAGAGAGAGGAGCGUAAGGAGAAAAAGAAGAAGAAGAAGAGACCUCAUCAUCAUCAUCCUCACCCGCAGCACAAAACACCGCAUCCACCUGAGCCAGCCUUCCGUAGAAAACCUACUCCUAUUCGGCGAUUUGAUGGCGAUGUGAUCUCCCCGAGCUACAUUCAGAGUUUUCGAGACCAGCAGUCGGGUUCAACUCGGGGCCGGAUGACCGGUGCUCACACAGUGGUGGAUUUGGACUAUGACUGCGGCUCCAGGGUACCACUUACCUCCGGAGCAGCAUCAGCCGUACGAGUAUAGCACAGAGCGAGAGGAGCGGGGAGGAAGACCCAGGAGGAAAGGGAAUCACAAGAACACACAGACAUUGCGCUGUAACAAUUCCAACACUGUGACCGUGAGAACCCAUCAUGACAUAUUACACGCCGAAGACUCUACAGACGCUGCGUACACUGUGCGACGACUCCCACCUACCUCUUUACAAACACCACACUCAUAGACAUUCCAACCUACCUCCCUGCGGUCCCACUUCAAGCUCUGAUCUCUCCUUACAUGGACCUCCAUCACCUCUCCCCUCCAAAACUGGAUCCACUGGAUGAAGGACCAUAAUGGGAGUCAACCAAACCUGCCCCGUUCCAGUGUCGUGUUUAAGGACGUCUGGGCAUGAU